AUGCCGACGGUUCCCUCCCGAUCCUCGGCCUCGAAGACAUUGCAGUCCGAGUCCUUCCGCGCGAUAGAUUAUGUGGUCUUCACGGCCAUGUUGCUCAUCUCCGCGUGCAUCGGCAUCUACUACGCCUACAAGGGGGUCCACAAAUGCCACAAGGACUUCCUGAUGGCCGGCCGCAAGCUCUCUUGUGGGCCGGUGGCGCUCUCCCUGACGGCCAGCUUCAUGUCGGCGGUGACGGUGCUGGGCACCCCGGCCGAGAUCUACCGCUACGGGAUCAUGUUCGGCCUCUUUGCUCUCUCCUACGUCCUGAUGGUGGUCAUCACCGCGGAAGUGUACAUGCCCAUCUACUACCGGCUGAACAUCACCAGCGCCUACGAGUAUUUGGAGCUUCGAUUUAAUAAAUACAUGCGUCUGACUGGAACGACGAUGUUUGUGAUACUAACGAUAUUAUAUACUGGAAUUGUUAUAUAUUCUCCAUCCCUGGCUCUGAAUCAAGUUACAGGAUUUCAGUUGUGGGGAUCUGUUAUUGCAACAGGAAUAGUCUGUACUUUCUAUUGCACACUGGGUGGUCUAAAGGCAGUAGUCUGGACAGACGUUUUCCAGUUUGUACUGAUGAUAUCGGGGUUUCUAACCGUGAUUAUACGAACUAUAAUAAUUAAAGGAGGACUCAAAAAUAUUCUAAAGGAUGCUGACCAAGGAGGAAGACUAAGGCUCUGGGACUUUAACACAAGUCCUAUGCAAAGACAUACAUUCUGGACAGUCAUUGUUGGUGGCACUUUCACUUGGCUUGGCAUAUAUGGAGUUAAUCAGUCUCAGGUUCAACGAUACCUUGCUUGCAAAACAAUAGUUCAUGCAAAACUUGCUCUUUAUUUAAACCUUGUGGGUCUCUGGAUAGUUAUCUCUUCUGCAGUAUUGAGUGGACUCUCCAUGUACUCUAUAUACAAGGAUUGUGACCCAUUGACUUUAGGGCUUGUGAAGGCACCAGAUCAGCUCAUGCCAUUUUUGGUAUUGGACAUUUUGGGAGAGUUCCCAGGAAUUCCAGGACUCUUUGUGGCUGCGACCUACAGUGGGACAUUAAGUACAGUGUCUUCCAGCAUCAAUGCAUUAGCUGCCGUAACUGUGGAGGACAUUGUCAAACCUCAUUUCACAACAUUGACUGAUUCCCAGUUGUCAUGGAUUUCCAUGGGAAUGAAUAUUCUGUUUGGUGGAGUAUGCCUUGUGAUGGCUGGACUAGCAUCUUUUAUGGGUGGCCUGUUGCAGGCUGCGCUCAGCAUUUUUGGAAUAGUAGGUGGACCUCUCUUCGGAGUAUUUUCUUUGGGUAUCCUUUUUCCUUUUGGGAAUUGUACAGGUGCAUUUUCAGGUCUUAUUAGUGGCUUUAUGAUGGGCAUGUGGAUUGGAAUUGGCUCCCACUUUUACCGUCCACCUCCUCAUAGAACUUUGCCAUUAGCCCUUUCAACUGCAGGAUGUCAAUUCAACUGGUCAACAGUCACACCAUUCACUACUCUUCCAGCUCCAACUCCUACAAGAACUCACAUUCAUGAUAAUUGGUACUCUAUGUCCUAUCUAUACUUCAGCACAUUGGCAACACUGUCCACAGUUGUUGUGGGAGUAAUUGUGAGCUUAUCAACAGGAGGAUUAAACCAAGAGGUGGACCGUAGACUUCUGUUUGGCAAAGAGGACCUAAUGGCCAACUAUGUGUACAUGAAAUCUAAGUUUGGAACACCGGCUGAAAAGAUUAAUCCAAAAGAGGAGGAAGGUCCUGAAUAA